UGAGCUCCUGAGAGCGACCCAUUCUUUCACCAAUGUUUGUAGAAGCCGUCUGCAUGCCUAGGGGCUUGAUUGUAUACACCUGUGUCCAUGGAGGGGAUUGGAACACCUGAAUCACAUGAUAUGGAGGGGAUUGGGACACCGGAAUCACAUGAUUGGGAGGGGAUUGGAACACCUGAAUCACAUGACUGGGAGGGGAUUGGAACACCGGAAUCACAUGAUUGGGAGGGUAUUGGAACACCUGAAUCACAUGAUUGGGAGGGGAUUGGAACACCUGAAUCACAUGAUUGGGAGGGGAUUGGAACACCUGAAUCACAUGAUUGGGAGGGGAUUGGAACACCGGAAUCACAUGAUUGGGAGGGGAUUAGAACACCUGAAUCACAUGAUUGGGAG